GAAGAUCGUGUCUAAUAGAUCAAGACUUUCCUCAAGUAAACCAACAAAACAAAAACUAAUAAGAUGAAAUUCUUCUUCGCUUUGGUCGCUCUGUGCCUGAUGGUUGCCAGCUUCGUGAGCGCUGGACCGGUUGAGCAAGAUGCCGAAGGACAAGUUGUGGAAAGGGCCAACAGGCAACGCAGGGUGACCUGCGAUUUAUUGAGCGUAUCGACGCCCUACGGUUCCGUCAACCAUUCGGUCUGCGCCGCCCACUGCCUCGCCAUGCUGAAGGGUUUCAGAGGUGGAAGAUGCAUCGACGGAGUCUGCAAUUGCAGGAAGUAAAGGUGUUGUCGAUUAAUUGACUUCCACCGAUUGGACACUUGCCUCGAUUGGAAGAGACCCCCUAAACAGCUUUAAUCCCACAAGUUAAUUAAAUUAGGUAACGAAAAAAAAGAAGUUUGCAAUAAAUAAAACGUAGUUGCUACAAA